AUGGACUCCGAACUUCCUGCUGUGAAUACUGCGCAACUUGAAACUCCUGUUUUCCAUAGAGAUCAUAAUGAACCUCCAUCUAGUCAACAGUCUGUUACUAACAUAUGUAGUACAUCUCGGAGUUUCGACCAAAAUUUUGCACAGCUCCCAUCUGUGGAAGUUCCUUUAGGAACCCCCAUCCGAGUCGGACAUAGACCCUAUGCUGAACCUUGUACAAUUAUUACAGAUGUUAAUCAUAAUCAUCAUGACAAUACUUACCACACAUUGGAGACUCCGCAGCAAGUGUCUUCUCGAAGUGAAGGGUAUUCAAACUUCAUUAGCCCAAUGCCAGUGGUGUACCCACACUUUGAUCCUGCGUUUUUUCAUAGAAAUCAAAUUGCCAGCCAGCCCACUGAUCGUCAUGAUGAUUACACUGCCAAUGGAACAGAACUCAGUCGUUUUUUUUCUCAACCUUCAGAAUCAACUCCUUCAAACCAGCAUUCAUCAACUUUGUCAUGGGAAACACCUCUGUUCACGCCGCAGUCGGCGACUGCCACUCAGGCUGGCAGUUCAAGUACAGAGCCUCCGACUGAGUCUUCAUCUGAGAAUAUGGCAAAACGAGUUAUUCCAACGAACAAUGACUCGCAAACCGAGCGAAACAAAUGGGAAACUCAUCACGACCUAAAGAAAGUCAUGUCCCAAAUCGCCAUGCUGCAGAAAGAGAAAAGCAAGCGACAACAAAAGCCGCUUUUUGAUUCCAGCGGCAUUAGCGUUGUCAGCACACAGGCCUUCCAGAAGGAUGAUAUUAUCAUGGACUACCAUGGGGUUGCUGUGACAGAUAAAACAUAUCAAGAUUUGAUAAGGAACCGUUCUGUUCCGACUGAAUUUGUGCUGGAAAUUGGCGCGCCUGUGAAGCUAUUCAUCGAUGCUUCUUCAGAAGUGUGUGUUGAACAUCCAACCAACCGCUGUCUUGGUCGACUGGCUAAUCACAGCACGCUAAACUCCAAGAAGAAUUUGGAUGCGAAUAUGAAGAUCAUAGAAGUUGUUCUUAAUGCCUUCGAUCCGCCAAAACGAUUAGCUGUAUUCAAAGCCCGAAGAAACAUUGAGCCUUUCGAACAGCUACGAUACGAUUAUGGCGAUAAAGUUGCUCGAAACAUGUUCAACAUGUGA